CGCGCGCCCGAGCGGCGCGAGGUCGGGGUCGGGGGAUGUCGCAGUGGCUGGUGGUGGCGGCCGGGCCGCUCGCCGUGCUGUGGCGAUGCGGCGGUGGCCCACGAAGCGGCAGGACGGCCGGGGCAGGCGUGAGGGCCCUCGGAACCGCCCAGCAGUGCCUCCAGGGAAUCCGCUUUCAGCAGUUGGCUCUGUGGAAGAGACAGACGUCAGUUUCCCAGUGGCUGUGUUCAAAACCACCCAAAGGAACUAGUGAACCAAAGGACGCUGGUCCUGGAGCGGAUGGAGAGAAGAGAGGAGGAAAGCGGUAUGACCUUGCCUGGUGGAAGCGGUUGCAGAAGGGAGAGGUCCCCUGGGAUGACAAGGAUUUCCGCAGUCUGGCUGUUCCGGGGUCAGGUGUUGCUGUGGGAUUUCUCUACUUCUGUUUCCGAGAUCCUGGGAAGGAAAUCACCUGGAAGCACUUCGUGCAGUAUUACCUGGCGAGAGGUCUGGUGGACCGGCUGGAAGUCGUGAACAGACAGUUUGUGCGUGUUAUUCCUGCCCCUGCGACGUCUGAGAAGUUCGUGUGGUUCAACAUCGGCAGCGUGGACACCUUCGAGCGCAAGCUGGAGACCGCCCACUGGCAGCUGGGCAUCGAGCUCGCGGAGCAGACGGCCGUGGUCUACACCACCGAGAGCGACGGGUCUUUCUUGCGAAGCCUGGUGCCCACCUUUCUCCUGAUCGGAAUCCUCCUCUAUGUCGCGAGGAGGGGCCCGAUGGGGGCUGGGCGUGGCAGGCGAGGAGGGGGCCUCUUCACCGUUGGCGAGACCACGGCCAAGAUCAUGAAGAACAACAUCGGCGUGCGCUUUGCAGACGUGGUUGGUUGCGAAGAAGCCAAGUUGGAGAUCGUGGAGUUUGUGAAUUUCCUGAAGAAUCCCAAGCAGUAUCAGGACCUCGGGGCCAAAAUUCCAAAGGGAGCCAUGCUCACUGGUCCUCCUGGUACCGGCAAAACGAUUCUCGCCAAGGCGACUGCAGGGGAGGCCAGUGUGCCCUUCAUCACCGUGAAUGGGUCCGAGUUCCUGGAAAUGUUUGUCGGUGUCGGUCCAGCUCGGGUUCGUGACGUGUUUGCAAUGGCCCGAAAAAAUGCUCCCUGCAUCUUGUUCAUUGACGAGAUGGACGCGAUCGGCCGUGGGCACCUUGGGGGCCAGAGCGAGCAGGAGAACACCCUGAACCAGUUGCUCGUGGAGAUGGACGGGUUCAGCUCUACCACGAACGUCAUGGUGCUGGCCGGCACCAGCCGCCCCGACAUCCUCGACCCAGCCCUGACGCGGCCUGGCCGGUUCGGCCGUCAGGUUUACGUUGCCCCCCCUGACAUCAAAGGCAGGUCGUCCAUCUUCAGGGUCCACCUGCGUCCACUCAAGUUGGACGAGAGCCUCAGCGAGGACGCCCUGGCGAGGAAGCUUGCGGCCCUCACUCCAGGCUUCACAGGUGCUGAUAUUUCUAACGUUUGCAACGAAGCGGCCCUGAUCGCCGCCCGCCACCUGAGUCCUUUUGUCCGGGAGAAGCACUUGGAGCAGGCCGUUGAGAGGGUCAUCGGAGGUCCCGAGAAGAAGACGCGGGUCCUGCAGCCCAGUGAGAAGAUGACGGUGGCCUACCGUGAGGCCGGCCAGGCGGUGGUGGGCUGGCUCCUGGAGCACGCAGGCCCCCUGCUCAAGGCGUCCAUCAUCCCCCGGGGCAAGGGGCUCGGCUACGCCCAGUGCCUGCCCAGGGAGCAGUGCCUGUACACGCGGGAGCAGCUCUCGGGCCGCAUGUGCGCCGUGCUGGGUGGCCGGGUGGCCGAGCAGCUGUUCUUCGGGCAGAUCACCACGGGGGCCCAGGACGACCUGAGGAAGGUCACCCAGAGUGCCUACGCCCAGAUUGUGCAGUUCGGGAUGAGCAAGAAGCUGGGCCAGGUGUCCUUCGACCUCCCCCGGCCCGGCGAGGUGCUGGCGGAGAAGCCGUACAGCGAGGCGAUGGCGCAGCUCAUCGACCAGGAGGCCCGGCGGCUGGUCAGCUCCGCGCACGCGCGCCCCCCGGACCUGCUGACGUGCUGCCGGGAGCAGGAGACCUGGUGCCGGUACUGGGACGCCCACCUCCUCCUCGGCCACAGAAAAGAAAGCGCUAUUCACCUGUGCAUCCGGCAGAUUCCUGAGCGGGACUUGGAUGAACAAAAUAGCUCCCUUUGGCAGUGGUCUGGUCUUUAUUUUGUAAAUCCUGGUGUCCUGGCCUGUGUCAAAGCUGUGCAGGGGAGGAAGAAAAAGCAGAAGAUGCAACUUCUGGCAUCAAGGACACUGAUCUUUUGGCUGGAAGGAUGUGAAGGAAGCAGGACCUUUGCUUGGUCCUCGUGCACAGCAAGGGGGGGGGUCUCCACUGAGAGAAGGGGACACGGAGCUCAGAGGGGCCUGGCUGCUUUGCCGGCAUCCCCAGCCUUUGCUCUCCAAACCUGCCCCAUCAAAUCCUCGCAAAGCCGCCACCCGGAAGCCCCGGGGUCCUCGUACUGCCAAUGGGAAGAAAAAGCUGGAUCCCUCCCACAAACAACAAAACAAAGAAAACCCACACCCACUAGCCCCUGAGUGUCUCUGGUGGUGCUUGGAGGGAGCGUGACAUGGGCCCCUAGACAGCCGUCUGGAAUGCACCUGCCCAACUCAGCCUGCAGACAGAGCAGUAGGUGGACCCACUGCUGCAGGACACCUCCAGGGCCAACAUUUUGGUCUCCAGAGCAGGCCACUGGUGUGGCUAGGGGACCCCCAGCGGACCCCUAUGUGGUCAGGGAGUGGCUCCUUGGCAUGGGACCUCCAGGAAACCCCGGGUGCAUCUGGGGCCUGGCUGGGUGGGUGGAGGAGCCCGGCACUUUGCAUCCAAGUUCCGAGGCCGAUGGCACAGGAAACCCCUCCUGAAAGGUUCCUGGGAGGUUCCUAUGAACCUGUCCUAGGAAAGGUUUCCCUCCCACCGGGCCAGGGCCAGGGUAGGGCCAGACUCCAAGGGGAGAGACCCCCGGUACAUCUCUACCGUCCCGACAGCUGGCAGGGGCCGUGAAGAGGGGUCACUCCGUGCACACCUGCCCUCCCAGAUGUGUGAGCUCCUGGGCCUCGCCCCGGCAGCCAGCAACCCCUGCCGGCGUGGGAGCCCCCGCAGGCGGCGCCAGGUGCGCCCCCCGCUCCGAGCCCCUAUCUCAGCCUGGUGCCCCGAGGAUCCCGGCCGCGGCCUCCCCGCCCUACCCCCAGGGAGGCUCGGCUGGGCCGAACAAAGCAGACGCGCAGCUAGGAGGGCAGCAUCCCCCCCCACGCCU